AUGACUAAAAUUCUUGCAUUUCUUUCUUUCAUAAUAAUUUUAAUCGUUUCUGUGGCAACAUCGCAUCCACUUGUGAAGAAUUUUGUUUACAUGAAAAGAAGAGAAAUCAACAAAGAGGGAGUUUUUCAUCGAAUGAUGCGCACCGAAUUUAUUGUUCCUGUGGAUUCGGAUUUAAACGCGUCUCGAGUAUGGAAUGCUUCAUAUGUGGAGGAAUUGUCAUCGGAUGUGUACAUUGAUAUUUACGAAAUGAAAAAUGUAAAACCAGAUAUACUUCUUUUAAAAGAUCAAGAAUAUAUUAAUGUAGAAACUCCUUCAUACUAUAGUAUGGAAUAUAAUAUAACACUAUCUAAAAUUAUUUCACAAAUGGAAUAUCAUGAUGCACAUAACAUUGUUGUCACUUUUGAAUUUCCGUUGCAUUUGAGAUACCAAAAACCCAGCAGUGAAUCAUCCUUUGGUGUUGUUAAAAUCAAAAACCCUCACAUCUUUUACAUGAAUCACAUUGAAUACACAAUCAUUGUUGAUGACAAUAGUGACACGAGUUCAUUGAAUCAAGUGAUGAUUCCUGUUGGAAAUUUAAAUGAUUUUCAUCUUGUGAGAUUUGUCACAUUAUCCAUAACCAUUUUGUCAUGCCUAUUCGUGUGCAUGUUAUCAUUUCAAAAGAAUGACAAGUACUAA